AUGGGCCGCAAGAAGAUUCAAAUUAAACCCAUUAAAGAUGAAAGAAAUCGUCAACGCAAGUAUGGACUUAUGAAGAAAGCUUACGAGCUCAGUGUUUUAUGUGAUUGCGAAAUCGCGUUGAUUAUUUUCAAUUCAAACAAUAAGCUUGUUCAGUACGCGAGUACAGAUAUCGAUAAAAUUUUACUGAAAUACACCGAGUAUAAUGAACCUCAUGAAAGUAAAGGCAAUCACGAUUUUGCCAACACAACAGAGGAUGAUGAUAAUCCUCCACCAGGAUUCGAUACUACCAAUGACCACAAGUCUCAUCAGCAUCAACAAUUUAUGGCACAGCAGUUUUAUUCUCAACAAGCUAUGGAUGCUAUGUCCUUACCAAUGACUAAUGUAGCCCUUCAGGUGCCUGUCAGUGUCGCCCCUAAUGUGGCUGUUAAUUUGCCUACAAACAUGUCAUCACCUCAGUUACCAGAUUCUAACGCGUCAAGUCUAACCAUGUCACCAACUCCGUCACAUAUUGAGACGUCAAUUAAUGGUGACAUUUUGUCACCUUCACUCAUAUCUUCCUCUCCAAAAAAGCCAAAACUUCGUGUUCACAUUCCAGAAACAAAUGAAAACCAAGGUGCACCUAUAGGUCAACAGGCAGAUACAUCUCCCAUUCUAGAUGAGCCACCAUCCGAUUCGCAGCAGUCACUGACACUACAACCUUUGCAAACAUCUCGACCUCCAACUUCUGCAGAUUCAGGACCAACAUCUGGUUUAACAUCACAAUUCUCGCAUAGUUUACCAUCGCCAUCAACAUUUUUUGAGUUUUACAAAACAGCCGAAUUACCUAGUCCAAUUACUUUUAAUAAUACACCUACUAGCGCUAGUCCUGGAGCUUUUCAUUGGCCAAUUCCUCGUAAUUAUCAGCAUCAACCUUCACCAUUAUCAAAGCAUGAAUCUAAUUCUAAUUUGCCAAAGAACCGUCCUAUACCAACGGAUAGUGAUGAAAACAGUGAACCAGAAAGAAAAAAGAUGAAACAAUAA